GGCAAAAGCGAACACGAAACGACGGUAUCGAACAGAGUGUGCGAGGAGAAUCUUUCACUUUGCCCCGUUGCAGUCCAAUCAUGGCGGCUUUCGUAGGACGAAUUUGUGGAUCCGGAUUGUUGAGCCCGAAAAGCGGUGCUACCUUGCAGAAGGUACAAAAUUUCUCUACGACCCGCGCCUGGACUAAAAACCAGAAGGUUGCUACUGCGGCUGGUGUAUUGGUAGGCGGUGCCGGAGCCCUUCUUUACGCUCUGGAGCAAUCGGUAGCCGCAUCCGGUACGGAAGUGCACCCACCAGCACUGCCAUGGAACCAUAAAGGUGUGCUCGACUCGCUCGACCAUGCGUCGGUUCGGCGCGGGUACGAGGUAUACAAGCAGGUGUGUGCGGCCUGCCACUCGAUGCGCUUCAUUGCCUAUCGCAAUCUGGUCGGUGUGUCGCAUACCGAAGCGGAAGCAAAGGCCGAAGCGGAGGAGAUCCAGGUACGCGACGGUCCGGAUGAGGCUGGCAACUACUUUAACCGGCCCGGUAAGCUAUCAGACUACUUCCCGAGCCCGUACCCCAACGAGGAAGCGGCCCGUGCCGCUAACAACGGUGCCUAUCCGCCGGAUCUAAGCUACAUUGCGCUUGCACGCCACGGUGGUGAGGAUUAUCUGUUCGCGUUGCUCACCGGCUACUGUGAUGCCCCGGCGGGUGUGGUGCUACGUGAGGGUCAGUAUUACAACCCAUACUUCCCUGGUGGUGCCAUCUCGAUGGCGCAAGCACUGUACAAUGAGGCCGCUGAAUAUUCCGACGGUACGCCACCGACGGCCAGUCAGUUGGCCAAGGAUGUGUCCACGUUCCUGGUAUGGGCAGCAGAACCUUAUCACGACGAGCGCAAACGCAUGGGUAUCAAAUCGGUCGGCAUUAUCAUGAUCCUCGGUGCGUUGACUUACUACAUCAAGCGACACAAGUGGGCUGCGCUCAAGACGCGAAAGAUUUCCUUCCACCCAAAGAGCAAGUAAGCCGCUUGCAACCACAACAGCAGCAGUAUAGGUGAGAUGUGAUGUGGAGGAAACUAGCCAUCAACCGCUGACCGAGAAUUGAGACCAAAUCCGAUUGGCACACAAACAUAAAACGACGAAGGAAAACUGGCCGGGACAUUAUUGGAAAAGCUUUGGUCAAUCGGUGUGAUAGGAUCACAGUGCACCAGUGGAAAUCGGUGCAAGAAUGACAGGAGGGAGAUAGUGUGCAACAUUGUACAGUGCGACAAAAGGGGGUACUGAGUGAUUUACUUUAAAGGACAUUAAAACCGGUCCUAUCUAUCGAUACUCGCCAAACACAGCAUGAAAUGCUUGGACAAAUGUGAAUACAUUUGCCGCACACCAGCACCCACUUGACUCGCUCGUGUUUUGUUGCCCUCUCGCCUUUCGUCGGCAGUCACUUUCACCCCUGACAUCCAAAGAGCCUUUUUCGGAUCACGCCUAUCCUUGCACCGAUUUCUAAAUUAGUUUUCUUUACCUUCUUUUCGUUUUCCAUGUAUAGUUCAAUUACCAUUGUACGCAGUAAUAACAAACACAACAAACAUGCUACAAAAAUUAUCGACAAAACCGACAACACUGCUUCGUUUUUUAGUGGGAGGUGGUUUUUGUUUAAUGGUGUAUUUUACCAGCGAACCGGGGCUGCGUUUGUCCGAAAGUGUGUCCACAGAGUGUGGCCGCAGUACUACUGCCAUCGAGGAAAAGGCGUAAGUGUGCCAAUUUUAAAUAUUGUCACGCUUAUUCCAACUCCUCAAGCGAGAAAGAGAGUAUCCUUUUUGCAGGAUUUGCAAGGUACCUAAAUUAGGGAAUGUCUGGUAGUAGUAUUGGAAAUAAUUUAUUGGAACAAAAUAUUAAGGUCCUAAAAUUCCUGGUUUGGCGGAUGAUGAAAGGUAUGUUUAGCAAAAAAACGAAAUAAACCAUAAAACCGUACGUUGUUAAUUUAAA